AUGGCUACUAAUGGUCGAUACCAUUCCACAACGACGAACGGAUUCAAUCUGACCUUAACUGGAACAUCAUUAUCAGGACACAAGCGGCCAAAUAGCCAACAGUCGUCUCGUACAACUACUCCAAAACAAACGUCGAGACCUGGAAGUGCAAGAAGUAAUUCAUACUUAGGAGAAGGAGAAUCGACAAAACGUUCAGUAGCACCACAUAGACAACGACUUGUUCAUACUGCGUCAGUUGAAAAUAUUUCAGCAACUCAACAUAGAACUAUAGAACAGGGAAAAGAAAAUCGAUCGACUGUUGUUCGAGAAAGACACAACAGUGGCUCAAAUCGCCCACCAUGGUCAACACAAGCUACUGUUGGGACUAAGGAUGAUAGAACAAAUUACAAUCGGAAGCGUGGAAAUGAAUUGCAGCAUCCCUCAUCCUCAACUGCCUUUCGUGGUGCUCAUAGUCCUCGUGAUUCAAACAGAAGUUUUAAUCCUCCAUCGACUGGUCGUACUCCAAAUAUUAGUGGACCUGACACUCAAAAUCUUCACCGUUAUUCCGAGGAUAUUGACGCAUUUUUCACUGAUGAUAUUGCCCCAGAAAGAAUGAGAACACAGACUCAACCUCAAACUCAAAAGCAUGACGAUAUCGAUUCUUCAUGGGAUGAUACGAAACGAUGGGUGGUUGAAACAAAUCAAAUGAAACGUUCACAAACAGUUUCACAAGAAAAUCAUAGUAACAAUCAUAACUUUUCGAAAAGCCAACAACAACGUCAUCCUUUGAAUUUGAGUAGUCGUGAUGUUGGCCCAUCAACAAUGCAAGAUACAUUGAUGUCGCGUGAUAGUUUAAAUUUGAUGCAGUCGAAUUACAAUAUAAGGUCACAACAGCUGAAAGCUUCGCAAAUAGCAGGUAUAGCUCAGCAAACACCAAUAGAAUUAGAUCUCAAAAAGAAAGUAGCUACAGUUAUUAUUCAAAGAUGGUAUAGAAAAAUGAAUAAGAGAAGAAGGGAGGCAGAAGCAGAUGCAAAAAGAGUAUUAGAGCAAAAAAGACUAGAACGACAACUAAGUAUUGAGCGAACUCGCGAAUUAGAGAAAUUAGCAUUAUUAGAACAAAAACGAGAUCGAGAGGAAAAAGCAGCAAAUAUACGACUUCUCUCUAUUAAAGACGCUCAACGUAGACGAGAACAAUCAAAACACCAACAAGACGCUAAUUUACAUCGUCCUCCAACACCAACAUCAUCGAAUCGCAGUUCAAAUUCAUCCCGGAUAGGAGAAAAGCAAGUGGAUAGUAAUAACAGAACUCCCCGAUUGAACAACGAUAGAGUAUUAUCGCCAAUGCCACCCUCUAAACAGAAUAAUGAACAACAGAAUCCAACGUCCUCAAAUGGCUUUGCAGUGAGUGGUGAUAUGAGUGAUCAUCAAACAUUGAACAGUAGUGUAUCUUCUUCAAAAGUAACGUUGAAUGAUGUUUAUGAAACAUUGAGAAAAUUAGAACAAGUCGAACAAUUUCCAAUUCAACAAGAUGAAAAGACCUAUCUAAGUGACUCUACAUUAGAUGCUGAUGAUGGUUCAGUGGAGAAUAAUCCCCAUCCCCACAAACCACUAGAACCUUUUCUAUCCUAUCUUGAACAAGAAAUACCAAAGACGAAUGAUCUAACUGUCGAACCUGUCAGAUCUCAAAAAUCCACGAGCCGAACCCAAGAUCGGCCUCUACAACCAAUUCGAACAAGUACAACACAACUAAUGAAUCAGUUACAACAGAAUUCACCUACUCCACAUAGCGUUAGAUUCACUCAUUCGGAUUAUACAAUUCGGCAACAUUCAGAUCUUAAUGAAGACAGUGGUAGACGAACACUGGUAAGUGUGAGAAAUGGAACUGAUAGAAAACUAGCACAAUCAUUAUCAAUGCCAUAUACACAGCAGACAGACUCACAUAGAAUGUAUCAGAUGUCUACUCCUCAUAAAUCAUUAGCUAUAAAUCCAUCUCAUACAAUUCUUGAUGAGCAUGUUAACGAAGAGAAAUAUUCUCCUCAACAACGUAACAUUAGUAUUUCGUAUGAUCAUCAGAACAUGCCAAGCGAUGAAGAUAAUGAUGAUUAUGCCACACACACAGCUCAGGAUAUCACCGAAAAACUAUUAAAAUUAAGAAUGAAAAAUGAAGAAAAGCAGAGAACAAUAUUUUUGCUACAACAACGAUUGAAUGAGCAACGUGAAUUACAUGUUCGUCAUGCUACAGAAGGUGAUAAUGAAAUGAUGUAUCGUUUACAAUUGCAAAAAGAAGAAUAUGAAGGUGCAAUUAGAAGACAUUUGGCAUUUAUUGAUCAACUCAUAGAUGACAAGAAGAAGUUGAGUGAACGUUGUGAAAAACUUGUCAAUGAAAUUAGACUCAUUGAUAAAAAAUAUUCGGAUAAAAUUCGUUUCCUUGAAGAUAACCACGGAACAGAAAUUCAAAAGUUGAAAGAUGUUCAUGAGGCAGCCGAGAAAUUAAGACGAGAAAAAUGGAUUGAUGAAAAGACCAAGAAAAUUAAAGAGUUGACAGUACGGGGUUUAGAACCAGAAAUACAAAAACUCAUCACAAAACAUAAAGCUGAAGUCCAAAAAAUAAAAUUAAUUAAUGAAGCAGAAUUGCUACAAUCAGAUGAGAGAGCAGCACAACGGUAUGUGCGAAUGACAGAAGAAUUGCGAGAUCAACUGGAACGGGAGAAAGAACAAGCCAUAAUGAGAGAACGGGAUUUGGCGAGAGAACGAUAUGAGAAAUCAACCAGAGAUGAAGAAAAGGCAUUCUUGGAACAACGACGGCGACUAUUUGCCGAGAUUGAAGAAGAAAAGAAUAGAUUAGCCGAACAAGCGGCGAAACAACAAAAUGAAUUACAUAAACUUCAAAAAGAUAUUGAAGAUAAUCACCGUAAUGCUAUGAAUGCAAUGAAGCAAGAGUAUGAAACAGCAAGAUUAGAACAAGAAAGACGGCAUCAGAAUGAAAUUCGUGAAUUAAAAGAAAAAUUGGAUAUUGAAAAGCAAAGUUGGGAGGAAAAUUAUAUGAAAAAACACGAAACAACCUUAGCUGGAAAAGAACGUGAAUUACGUGAAGAAAUGAAACAUGAGAGAGAUAAUGAAAUUGAAAAAGUCAUCUCUCAACUAGAAACAGACACAACAAUGUCUAAAGAAGAAACUGAAAGAGCUGCUGAGAAUAGGAUCAAACGAAUUCGUGAUAAAUAUGAAUCUGAAUUGCGCGAAGUUGAGCAUUCAGAACGACAAACACAGGAGCGACAUAAUCAAGUGAAAGCCCAAUAUACAGAACUCGAAGGUGAUAAUGAACGCUUGAAAGUGAUUUUAAAACAGAAAGAUACAGAAAUCAAUGAUAUACGGAAGAUUACUGACACAUUACAACAAGAACGUGAACGUCUAUCAGAUAUUAUACGUCAAGAAUUUGCUGACCGUUUGGUGUUGACAGACGAUGAAAAUAAACGUUUGAAAAUUGAAAUGGCUGAGCUAAAAUCUCGUCGACAAAUUGAUUUAGAUCGAAAAAAAGAAGAAAUUGAUGUACUGCAGCGAGAAAAAGAUCAAGAAUUAGAACAAGUACACGAAAAAAUAAAACAAGCGAUAACCAGAAAAGAUGAACAAGUACAACAAUUACGUCAGCAAUAUGAAUCAGCUGCUAAACGCGCAGAUCAUUUAGAAGGUUUACUUGAACAACAACGAAAACUAAUUUCAAUUCCGGCCACAGAACAUGUUUAUACGAGAUUUUUUUUAGACAUGGCUAACUCUCUAGCCAUAGUGCAGAUUGAUUGA